CCGGACAGGCGGCGGCAGGAGGGGCUCGGCCAUGCUGUCCCCCACGGACUACGACAGCCUGGAGAUCCAGCAGCAGUACAGCGACGUCAACAACCGCUGGGACGACGGCGACGACUGGGAGCAUGAGGGCAGCUCCGCGCGGCGCUUCGAGCGCUCCCGCAUCAAGGCCCUGGCCGACGAACGGGAGGCGGUGCAGAAGAAAACCUUCACCAAGUGGGUGAACUCGCACCUGGCGCGGGGCACCUGCCGCCUGGGGGACCUGUACAGCGACCUGCGGGACGGCCGCAUGCUGCUGCGCCUGCUCGAGGUGCUCUCGGGGGAGCAGCUGCCCAAGCCCACCAAGGGCCGGAUGCGGAUCCACUGCCUGGAGAACGUGGACAAGGCGCUGCAGUUCCUCAAGGAGCAGCGCGUGCACCUGGAGAACGUGGGCUCGCACGACAUCGUGGACGGCAACCACCGCCUGACCCUGGGCCUGGUCUGGACCAUCAUCCUGCGCUUCCAGAUCCAGGACAUCAGCGUGGAGACGGAGGACAACAAGGAGAAGAAGUCGGCCAAGGACGCGCUGCUGCUGUGGUGCCAGAUGAAGACAGCGGGGUACCAGAACGUGAACGUGCACAACUUCACCACCAGCUGGCGGGACGGGCUGGCCUUCAACGCCAUCAUCCACAAGCACAGGCCGGACCUGGUGGACAUGGAGGCGCUGCGGCGCUGCAACGCGCACUACAACCUGCAGAGCGCCUUCAACCUGGCCGAGCGCGAGCUGGGCCUCACCAAGCUGCUGGAUCCCGAAGAUGUCAACGUGGACCAGCCGGACGAGAAGUCCAUCAUCACCUACGUGGCCACCUUCUACCACUACUUCUCCAAGAUGAAGGCGCUGGCGGUGGAGGGGAAGCGCAUCGGGAAGGUGCUGGACGCGGCGCUGGAGGCGGAGCAGCUGGUGGAGAAGUACGAGACGCUGGCGGGCGAGCUGCUGGGCUGGAUCGAGCAAACCAUCCUCACCCUCAACGACCGGCAGCUGGCCAACGCGCUGGCUGGCGUGCAGAACCAGCUGCAGGCCUUCAACACCUACCGCACGGUGGAGAAGCCCCCCAAGUUCAUGGAGAAGGGCAACCUGGAGGUGCUGCUCUUCACCAUCCAGAGCCGCAUGCGCGCCAACAACCAGAAGGUUGUGCCGCGCGAGGGGAAGCUCAUCUCCGACAUCAACAAGGCCUGGGAGCGCCUGGAGAAAGCGGAGCACGAGCGGGAGCUGGCGCUGCGCACCGAGCUGAUCCGGCAGGAGAAGCUGGAGCAGCUGGCGGCUCGCUUCGACCGCAAGGCGGCCAUGAGGGAGACGUGGCUGAGCGAGAACCAGCGCCUCGUCUCCCAGGACAAUUUCGGCAGCGACAUGUCGGCGGUGGAGGCGGCGGUGCGCAAGCACGAGGCCAUCGAGACCGACAUCGUGGCCUACAGCGAGCGGGUGCAGGCGGUGAGCGCGGUGGCGGCCGAGCUGGAGGCCGAGCGUUACCACGACCUGCGCCGCGUCCUGGCGCGCCGCAACAACGUGGCGCGGCUCUGGGACUUCCUGCGGCAGCUGGUGGCCGCCCGCCGCGAGCGGCUGCUGCUGCACCUCGAGCUGCAGAAGAUGCUGCAGGACCUGGCGCACCUGGCGGGGUGGAUGGAGGAGAUGAAGGGCCGGCUGCAGUCGCAGGAUUUCGGGAAGCACCUGCACGGGGUGGACGACCUGCUGCAGAUCCACGCGCUGGUGGAGGCCGACAUCGCGGCGCAGGCUGAGCGGGUGCGGGCGGUGAGCGCCGGCCAGCGCUUUGCCCUGCCCGGAGAGGGAUACAAACCCUGCGAGCCGGAGGUGGUGCGGGAGCGCGUGGCCACGCUGGAGCUGCGGUACCGGGAGCUGGUGGAGCUGGCGGGGCAGCGCCGGGCCAAGCUGGAGGAAUCGCGGCGCUUCUGGAAGUUCUUCUGGGACACCGGGGAGGAGGAGGCCUGGAUGCGGGAGCAGGAGCGGCUCCUCUCCUCCGAGGACGUGGGCCGGGACCUCACCAGCUCCCUGCGGCUGCUGAGCCAGCACGCGGCCUUCCGCGACGAGCUGAGCGGGCGCGCGGGGCCCCUGCAGCAGGCGCUGGCGCGGGGCCGGGGGCUGGCGGGCGAGGGGCACCCGCGGGCGGGCGAGGUGGGCGAGCGGGUGCGGGAGGUGGAGGGGCGCUGGCGGGCGCUGGGCGAGCUGGCGGCCGAGCGCGAGCGGCGCCUGCGGGACGCCGCCGGCCUCUUCCAGUUCCAGGCGGAGGCGGCCGACGUGGAGGCCUGGCUGGAGGACGCCCUGCGCCUGGCCUCCAGCCCCGAGCUGGGCCACGACGAGUACUCCACGCGCAGCCUGGCCCGGCAGCACCGCGAGGUGCAGGAGGAGGUGCGCAGCCACCUCCCGGCCAUCGCUGCCCUCCACGAGCAAGCCGGGGCCCUGCCGCCCGCCUUUGCCGGCGCUCCCGGUGUCGCCGGGCGGCUGCCGGCGCUGGAGCGGCGCUACCAGGAGCUGGCGGCGCAGACGGAGCGGCGGCGGCAGGAGCUGCAGGACGCCCUCAGCCUCUACACCAUGCGCAGCGAGGCGGACGCCUGCGGGCUCUGGGUGGGCGAGAAGGAGCAGUGGCUGCACGCCCUGCUCGUCCCCGACAAGCUGGAGGACCUGGAGGUGGUGCAGCAGCGGUUCGAGACGCUGGAGCCGGAGAUGAACAACCUGGCGUCCCGCGUCGCCGCCGUCAACCGCAUCGCCGACCAGCUGCUGGCCACCGACCAGCGCAACCAGGAGAGCAUCCGCGCCACCCGCGAGCAGCUCAACGCCAGGUGGGAGCGGUUCCGCGCGCUGGCCGACCAGAAGAAGGAGGCGCUGACCUCGGCGCUGAACAUCCAGAAUUACCACCUGGAGUGCAACGAGACCACCUCGUGGAUGCGGGAGAAGACGAAGGUGAUCGAGUCGACGCAGGGGCUGGGCAACGACCUGGCGGGGGUGAUGGCCCUGCAGCGCAAGCUGUCGGGCAUGGAGCGCGACCUGGAAGCCAUCGAGGGCAAGGUGCGGGACCUGCGGGCCGAGGCGGAGAAGCUGGCGGCCGAGCACCCGGAGCAGGCGCCCGGCAUCCUGGAGCGGCUGGCGGCCAUCGAGGCGGUGUGGGCCGAGCUGUGCCGCUGCCUGCGGCGGCGCGAGGAGUCGCUGGGGGAGGCCAGCAAGCUGCAGGGCUUCCUGCGGGACCUGGCCGCCUUCCAGGCCUGGCUGGCCCGCACCCAGACGGCCGUGGCCUCCGAGGACGUGCCGGCCACCCUGGCCGAGGCCGAGCGGCUGCUGAGCCAGCACGAGAGCAUCCGCAAGGAGAUCGCCCACUACGGCGACGAUUACCGCAGCACGCGGGCGGUGGGCCGCCAGGUGACGCAGGGACAGACGGACGCGCAGCACGUCUUCCUGCACCAGCGCCUGGAGGCCCUGGACACGGGCUGGGAGGAGCUGGGGCGCAUGUGGGAGAACCGCCACCAGCUCCUCUCCCAAGCCUUCGCCUUCCAGCUCUUCCUCCGCGACUCCAAGCAGGUGGAGGGCGUCCUCAGCACCCAGGAGUACGCCCUGUCGCACAGCGAGAUGCCCAGCACGCUGCAGGGCGCUGAGGCCUCCGUCAAGAAGCACGAGGACUUCAUGGCCACCAUGGAGGCCAGCGGCGAGCGCGUGCAGGGGCUGGUGGCCGCUGGCCGCAAGCUGGUGGCCGAGGGCAGCCCACACGCCGACAAGGUGCAGGAGACGGUGGACUCGGUGGAGAGCAGGCACAAGAAGAACCGGGAGGCAGCCCAGGAGCUGCUGGGGAGGCUGCGGGACAACUGGGAGCUGCAGCGGUUCCUGCAGGACGGGCAGGAGCUCACGCUCUGGAUCAACGAGAAGAUGCUGACAGCCCAGGACGUGUCCUACGACGAAGCCCGCAACCUGCACACCAAGUGGCAGAAGCACCAGGCCUUCGCUGCCGAGCUGGCCUCCAACAAGGGCUGGCUGGACAAAAUGGGCAAGGAGGGCCAGCAGCUGGCGGCGGCGAAGCCGGAGCUGGGGGCGGUGGUGACGGAGAAGCUGUCGGCGCUGCGGGGGCUGUGGGACGAGCUGGAGACGACGACGCGGACGAAAGCGCGGCGCCUCUUCGAUGCCAACCGCGCCGAGCUGUGCGCCCAGUCCUGCGCCGCGCUGCGGGGCUGGCUCGCCGGCGUGCGCGCCCAGCUGCGCUCCGACGACUACGGCAAGGACCUGACCAGCGUCAACAUCCUGCUCAACAAGCAGCAGAUGCUGGAGAAGCAGACGGCCGUGCGGGAGAAGGAGGUGGAGGCGAUCCGGGCGCAGGCGCAGGCCCUGAGCCGCGAGGACGCCAGCGCGGCCGAGGUGCAGGGCCAGGUGCGCGCCGUGGAGGAGCAGUUCCUGGGGCUGCGCGAGCCCCUCCGCGAGCGCCGCCGCAAGCUGCUGGCCUCCAAGGAGGAGCACCAGUUCAACCGGGACCUGGAGGACGAGAUCCUGUGGGUGAAGGAGCGCAGACCCCUGGCCGUCUCCACCGACCACGGCAAGGACCUGCCCUCGGUGCAGCUGCUCAUCAAGAAGAACCAGACGCUGCAGAAGGAGCUGCAGGGCCACGAGCCGCGAGUGGAGGAGCUGCUGGGGCGCAGGGGGGGGCUGGCGCGCUCGGCCGAGAGGGUGCGGGAGCUGCGGGAGGCCUGGCAGGAGCUGCGGCUGCAGGCGGAGCUGCGGCACCAGCGGCUGGAGCGCGCCCACGCCGCGCAGCAGUUCUACUGCGACGCCGCCGAGGCCGAGGCUUGGAUGGGCGAGCAGGAGCUGCACAUGAUGGCCCAGGAGAAGGCCAAGGAUGAGCUGAGCGCCCAGGCCAUGGUGAGCAAGCACCUGGUGCUGGAGCAGGCGCUGCGGGACUACGCGCACACCGUGCACCAGCUCUCCGUGCAGAGCCGCGACAUGGUGGCCGCGGGGCACCCCGAGAGCGAGCGGCUGACGCUGCGCCAGGGCCAGGUGGACAAGCUGUACGCCAGCCUGAAGGACCUGGCGGAGGAGCGGCGCGCCAAGCUGCAGGAGCACCAGCGGCUCUGCCAGCUCAAGCGCGACGUGGACGACCUGGAGCAGUGGAUCUCGGAGCGGGAGGUGGUGGCGGCCUCCCACGAGCUGGGCCAGGACUACGAGCACGUCACGAUGCUGCGGGACAAAUUCCGGGAGUUCUCGCGGGACACCAGCAGCAUCGGGCAGGAGCGCGUGGACGGCGUCAACGGGCUGGCGGACGCGCUGAUCGCCGCGGGGCACUCGGAGAACGCCACGGUGGCCGAGUGGAAGGACGGGCUGAACGAGGCCUGGGCCGACCUGCUGGAGCUGAUCGACACGCGCUCGCAGAUGCUGGCGGCCUCCUACGAGCUGCACCGCUUCUACCACGACGCCCGCGAGACCCUGGCGCAGGUGCAGCACAAGCAGAAGCAGCUGCCGGACGAGGUGGGGCGCGACCUGAACACGGCCGAGGCCAUGCAGCGCAUGCACACCACCUACGAGCACGACAUCCAGGCGCUCAGCGCACAGGUGCGCCAGGUGCAGGAGGACGCGGCGCGGCUGGAGAAGGCGUACGCCGGGGAGAAGGCGGCCGACAUCCGGCGGCACGAGCGGGCGGUGAGCGAGGCGUGGGCCGAGCUGCGGGGCAGCAGCCAGGGCCGGCGCCGGCUGCUCCUGGACACCGUGGACAAAUUCCGCUUCCUGCGCGCCGUGCGCGACCUCCUGCUCUGGAUGGACGGCGUCCGCCUGCAGAUCGAGGGCCAGGAGCGCCCGCGGGACGUGUCCUCGGCCGACCUGGUCAUCAAGAACCACCAGAGCAUCAAGGCGGAGGUGGAGGCGCGGGCCGACAGCUUCGACGCCUGCGUGGCCAUGGGCACCGCGCUGCUGGACAAGGGGCACUACGCUGCCGACAAGAUCUCGGAGAAGCUCUCUCAGCUCCAGGAGCGCCGCAGGGACAUCGGCGAGCGCUGGAAGGAGAAGAUGGACUGGCUGCAGAUCGUGCUGGAGGUGCUGAUGUUCGGGCGCGACGCCAGCAUGGCCGAGGCGUGGCUGGCCAGCCAGGAGCCCAUCGUGCGCUCGGCCGAGCUGGGGGGCAGCGUGGCCGAGGUGGAAAACCUCAUCAAGCGCCACCAGGGCUUCCAAAAAGCGGCCGCCGCCUGGGAGGAGCGCUUCGCCGCCCUCGAGCGCCUCACCACGCUGGAGGAGAAGGAGCGGCGGCGGCGCGAGGAGGAGGAGGCGAGGAAGAGGCGGCCGCCAACGCCCCCCCCGCAGCCUGAGGCUGGGGGGGGUCCCGCGGUGCCCCCCGGGACCCAAAAUGGGUUGGGGACGGGGGAGGCGCAGAGGCCCCCAGCCCUCCAGAGCCGCCUGCCCGAGCCCCCGGCUGUGAACGGGAUCUGCCCUGACAGUGCUGCUGCCCCGGUGCCAGUGGGGCCGGCGCUCACCAACGGGGCCCGGGAGCGAGGCCCCAGCCCGGGGGGGUCUCCCCGGGGGGGGCGCCCGCGGGGGGGUCCGGCCCCCGACCCUGCCCACGCCGCCACCCUGCCCCCCCGCGCCCCCCCCGCCCCCGAGAGCCUGGAGGGCGGCCUCUGCCGCAAGCACGAGAUGGAGGCGCAGGGAAAGAAGGCCCCCAACAGGUCGUGGCAGAGCGUGUACUGCGUGCUGCGGGGGGGCAGCCUCAGCUUCUACAAGGACGCCAAGAGCGCCAGCCACGGGGCCCCCCCCUACCACGGGGAGCCCCCCGCCAGCCUGUGGGGCGCCCACUGCCACCCCGCCCUGGACUACAAGAAGCGCAAACACGUCUUCAAAUUGGGGCUGAGUGAUGGCAAGGAGUACCUCUUCCAGGCUAAGGAUGAGGCGGAGAUGAGCACCUGGCUGCGGGUGAUCCACGCGGCGGCCGCCCUGGGUCCGGGGGGGCCGCGGGAAACGGGGGGGGCGGCGGUGGUGGCGGGGGGGGGCAAGGGGAUGACGAGGGCCAUGAGCAUGCCCCCCGCACAGCCCCCCGCCCCCACCGAGGGCCCCCCCCCACUGCGGGCCCGCGAGGGGAAGGAGAAGGAGAGGGAGAAACGCUUCAGCUUCUUCAAGAAGAACAAGUAGAGGUGGGGGGGGGGCAAAAAUCGAGGGGGGGCCCCCAAAUCGAGGGGGGUCCCCAAAAUCGAGGGGGGGUGCCCCGAACCGGCCAAGCUGAUGGAGGGACGCGGCUGGGGGCAGCACUGGGGGGGGGGGUGUGGGG